UCGUGACUUUAACGGUCACGUGAUAUGCUUGUGCGUCAGCUGACCCGCAGCUCUGCUCUUAUGGGAUGUGGGUAUACAGAUGCAGGGCGACUGCUAAAGAUGAUCAAAUCCAUAGAAAAAUUACCUGCAGCAGAAUGUCCCAAAUUUCUGCACAGAGUGGUCGAUGGCGUAUGUGGGAGAAGCCCCCCAAAGAUGGCGGACUACGGCACCAGGUGGAGCCUGACUGAGUGGAUGGAGCUGCUGGACGCACUCUCUGCCAUCUUUCGGCUAGCUGUUGGGAAGAACAUUCCAGAUAAAGAGGUUAAGGAGUCUUUGGCAGAGCUGGACAGCAGCUACUCUGAUGCUAUCUUAUCAUGCUUGAAGGCCCGACAUGAAGAGAUCCGACAGUCUCUAGUAGAAAGGACCAAUGCUGUAUCUUCUGCGGAUUUUGACUGGCAGAUUAAGCUGGCUCUGUCCAGCGACAAGAUCUCCACGCUGCAGACACCGCUGCUGAACCUGAGCCUGGACAUCAGGGAGGGUGGCGCCGUGAGGCCCGUGUCCAUUGAGAUGAACCGCGAGGAGCUGCAGAGCCUGGUCAGCUCCCUCGAGGGUGCUAAUAAGGUUGUCCUCCAGUUGAAAUGAGGGAGAAGACCAGUGAUAUUUUCACGAGAUCUGAAGGAGGGCUGUGGUAAUGUCAUACGGAAGAUCUGGUGAUAUACGGCAACAGGGGAGGCAUAAGGGUAGCCUUAAACGAUCUGCCGUCAAUGGACUUGCAACCAACUGUGUCCUGUUUUUGCAUUUUUAAUGUGGAAAAACAAUACAUUUUUUUACUGCUGUACCUGGUACUUUUGUGUAACUUAAUAUGGACCACUUGUCUAAGUCAUGCUUAAAACAUAUAAUUGCUAGUGCAAUUAUAGGUUUUAGCAUUUAGCAUUUAUUUUUUAGUUUUUGAUCACGUUAACACGUGCAGUAUUUUGAUACCCAAAUAGAACAAUAAUAUGUGCAGUUUUUUAAUAGAGAUCUAUACUAUUGCUUCCUGGUUGUAAGCGUAAGAGCUUCAGUUUGUGAGAAUCAUUCUAAAAAUAAAUAGGUUUCUGUGGAUUUCAGUGAGGUUCACAAUGUAAAUUAAAGUCCAUUUUCCACGUUUUGCUUGUUGCUAAAACCAUCAAGGCCGUGAACCUCUUUUCUUGCUUGAUGAAUUAAUUAUACUCCUUGCAUGGCUGUACCUUCUUUUUCAGGUUAAGUGCAGUGAGCGUGUCUCUGAUGAGGGGAGAAUGAGCUUAACUCAAAAGCGCAUAACUUUUUAAGAAUUGACCCCCUUGUGAACAUAACUCAAAAAGUAUUUGAUGAAACUUAUUACCAAAAUCAUUAUAUGGAUGAAGAUCUACACCUGAUAUAAUUUUGUGACAAAUCACACAAAAUUUGAAGCAGCACUUGGUGGCAGCAAAGGAAGCAAAGGGCAGCUGUAGAAGACACUUGACCUUGUGAACACUGUAACUAUUAAAGUAUUUGACAAAUUCAUAAAUAAAGAAAAAUGAUUGCACACAAUUAAACAUAUUGCACAGAUGGAUGACCCAAAUACAGAUACAGAUAUUGCACUGUAUUGUAAUUGUGGUGUAGAAGACACCAAGUUGCAUGUUCUCCUUGUUUGUUUGGGUUUCUAUUGCAUCCGAUGUUUCUUCCCAUGGUACAAACACCUGCUGUUAGGUGAAUUUGGUCCCUUAAAAUUGCCCAUGGAGUAUGAUAUCUUUUACAUGUGUGAGUGUGCUGGCAUCCUUUCCAGGGUGUCUCCUCCCUUUGCCCUGUGCGCACCUGACAAAGCCUUUACACUUUAGUCAGCUACUUACCAGGUACAGUAGGUGUGUCUGAGCAAGGAAAUCUGAGAACUGUGUUGGAUUCUGGCGCUAGGACCGGAAUUGGGGAACCCUGCUGUACAGCAUAAGUGGUGAUGGAUGGAUGGAUGGAUGGAUGGAUGAUGUGUAAUGAUGAGUCAUGCCCAGUCAUUCUCUCUUAUUGUCCUCUCAGCAUUCUUGCCAGCACUUGAAUGAGGAUGUCUGUGUGGAUUCCCUAGGCUUGUGAGGCACUUUCAUAUCUUUUUUAUGGAUUUCUGGAAGAUCUCCCUGUGAAAGGUCAGCUCAUUGAGAGAACAGAGAAAAAAUCCAAAACUCAAAUUCCCACAUGAAUAAAAGUCAGUCUGAUGGAUUGCAGAAUAUCUCUUAUUAUUUCUGUCUUUUGAAUGCAGGGAAAGGUACCAUGGAAGGUAAUGGAAAGUUUGCUGCCUGUGAGCACUUUCUAAGAGAGAAAGCCUGUUCUCCAUCUUUAAUGCAGUUCUGCCCUAGUGGAGGGCAAAUGACUCCUUCAAAAAUGCAUUGCAACGCUCCAGAGAUCAGAUUAUAUGUAUUAUAUGUCCCUAGUUGCUCCACAGUAGAUUUGGUUCAGAAAGCUCUUGUUCUGGAGCCUCUCGUGGGAGAGCUCUACAUUUAAAUGGAGGCAGUGUGUGACGUGUGACUCAGAGGUUUAGGAUCUCUGUGAUCGCAAGGUCGGCCCCAAAUGGGCCCCAAAUGCUCCAGGGACUGGCUGAUCCUCAUCUCUCAACUCUACGCUGCUUUCAUUAAAAGCAUCAGCUAAACAAAUAAAACAUGAAUGUAGUACUAAAAUAAAUUUGAAUAUAACUGUUUACUUGUAUCAAAUUUUCCAUCAGAAAAUGUAAAAUUAGGAAUGUUGCGGCAUUAAAUCUGGCACACUCAGACCUUUACAAUCUUUACAAUAGUUACAUCAUAAGCAUUCUCAGUCUUGUUUAUGCCGUCCCUACAAAAAGAGAAAUGCAGGUUCCCCCGUGUCGAGCACCAUUGCAUAGUGAUAUACUUCUCAGGUAUCUACUUUCAAAGCUUCUGUUAUAUAUUCUACACAAAAAAAAAACAUUUUAAAGAUUAUGAAUAACACCCUCUUGUUUACGUAUCAAUCCUGUAUUAUUUAUUCACGACUUUAAUACCCCCAGUUGCCAUCUUCAUAUCCAAACUGACAAACAUGUCUCUCAAACUUCAAAGAAGCUAAUUUGCCAAAAAAAAAUGCUCCUAUCCAAAUAUCUACCAAAUCAUCCAGCGGAUGUGUGUGUCGUCAGAUGAGAAGUCAAUCCUGAAAGAAAUUGCUUUUUGGCCAUCUCCUUCAUCACUUUGAUCCUGGGCUGAGGCUCGUUUGAUAAGGGUCGGCCAGUUGUAAAUGAAAGUGGAUAUAUCAUUUGGCAGGGGAAAAGACAGCCUUCUGCAUUAUCUACCCAAAUAAGAGUCUCCAUGUAUUGCAGAUAAUCAGCUGUUAAUGAAUCUUCACUGAAAAUGGGCAUGCAUAUCCAUAGCUAAACAUCUAUGUUAUGAUUCAUAUUCUCCUGUCUACUGUCUUUGCAUUAAUAUGAAAUAAUGCUAAUUUAAUCUUAAUUUAAUUCCAGAAUUUAUUCUAACUGCUCCUCUUGUUCUCUUACAUCACAGAGCAUUGAAUAUAAACAUAGAGAUGAAAGCCUACCCUGCAGUCCAAACGAUUGUUAGUAUUUAAUUAUCACGAUUACCAGUAUCCUGGCCUGUAGCUCUGUGUCAUCUCCAUUUUCCUAGUGCAGACUAUUUCUCAAAGCUCAUGUAAUUUACAGAUAAACAUUACAUGUAUUUCAUAUCAAAAUAAAUAAAUAAAUACUCCUGGAGCUGGUAACAUUGUGAUAUUCUUCACGGAAGUGUGACUGCUUUAUAUUUCAAACAACCCAUUGCAGUUCAUAUCCAGUGUCAACACCGGCAGAAUAUUUUGAUUUAGUUUUAGUCUUUUGAUGAAAGUACAGUUUAGUUUUAGUCAUAAUUUAGUCAUCUAUUUUUUUAGUUCUAGUCUAGAUUUAUUCAAUGAAAAUUACAGGAUAUUUAUUUGACUAAAUGUUCAGUACAUGCAGUCACUGAAAGUAACAGGUUUAAUACAUAAUUUCUUUGACUAUUUUACUUAAUUUUCUGUGCCACACACACAUAGACUGGUCUACAGCUAUUCUCUACCCAGGUUUGUAAUUAUAUCUUUGUGGGGACUCUUUAUUCAUUUCUAUGGGGAAAACUCCGAUCCCAAUAUGACAACCUUAACCAUAAGUAACCAAACAUACUUGCAUUAAAUUCAUUUGAGGUGAAUGUGUAUAACUUAAAGCUUACACUUACUUUAUGUAGUUUGCAGAACAAUAUAUGCAUGCCAUGGACAUCAGCCUUGUUGAAAGAAACACAGCAAACAUCUCAGUUGCACAGCUUGAAAUUGCUAGCACUCUUUUGAAAUGCCAAGGUAACCAUUAUACAGUAUAUCUAUAAUAAAGUAUUUUUUUUUUCUGAAUAGUCUAUCUAGUGUGAUUGUAUCCAAGUAACAGGAAUAUGACGUCUUGCAAUAAAUACCUUUAACUUUAAAAAUUAGUUGUAUUGUAGUAGUAGUUGUACUGUUUUGUGUUUAUUUUAGGUGGAGUAGAGGAUUGCUGCGUUUCCUGCAACAUGCUACACACAGAUGCUGACAAAAGCAUAACUGACAUGCUAAAAAGACAAUGAUGUAUAAGCUGUACAUUGACACAUUGAAAUGCCUCCAUUACAUUAUUUUAUGUUAAAUUUAUUCAUAAAUGGAAUACUUGCA